AUUCAAUAUGUCUGCUCCCUUGUCCGCAUCUCCGACAAAAAUGUCAAAACUUUGUACAUUAAUUUCUAGCCUAAACGCUGAUGUUUCUAAUAAAGAUGUUCUCGAUUCUUUGAAAAUUUUAAAGACAGACUUUGUUAAAAGACCAAAUGGAUGCGAACAAAUUGUAAAAUGUAAAGGAAUUCCCCCUUUAAUUUCCUUGUUGGAGCACACGAACUCAACUCGCAUUAUGGACCUGAGCCUCAGUAUUCUUGCUGACUGUUCUCUGCAGCUUGAAGAAAUAAGACUUUUGAUUAAAAAGUUAAAUGGUAUAAAGAUAAUAGUAAAUAUUCUGAAGUGCCAACAUAAAAGUGUGCUGAACAGGGCUGCACGUGCUCUGGCAAACCUUGCCCUUAGCCAUGAAAAUAUUGCCACCAUUCACAAGUGUAAUUCUGGGCCACUGCUGAUAAAACUUCUGAGAGAGAGCAUUGACCCGGGUACUCAAGAGAGCCUCACCAGAGCCAUCAGGCUUAUAGCAAACACUCCUAGGCAUCAAGCUUUGAUUGUAAAAGCUGAAGGUCUAAGACCAAUUGUGAAGCACCUGCAAUCUGAUCUUGUGUCCGUUAUCAGCCAGUGUGUCCGUGCUGUAGCUGCCAUCACCAGUGACUGCUCUCCAGCUGCUGCGAUUCAAGUAUUAGAAGAAGGUGGCAUAACAAGGCUAGUGCAACUCACAUUGCAUGAUAAAUCUACUGUAAAAGAACAUGCAUUUGCUGCUUUGAUUAACUUAAUGAAACACAGCACAGUGCGUGCUAGUGUUGGUAGUGUCAAUGGUGUCGCGCUUUUUUUAGAAGGUCUCCAGCAUCCCUGUGAGAAAGCCUUUGCUUUACAUCUGCAUGCAUUAUGUCUUUGUUGUCAAGAAGCAGUAAAUAGGGCUAAAGUUAAAGAGCUGAAUGGCUUACCAGUAUUGAUAAACAUAUUGAAAACAAAUGAACAUACUAUUCAUCAUGACAGAGUAAUUUUGGCUUUGGAAUGUUUUUAUUUUGAUGAGGACGUCUUGCAACUGUUUGCCGGAAGUGGACUUAUUCAGAUUUUGAUUGAAAAACUACUUUCAUCUGACAUGCUCCAAGAUGUUACUAGGUGUACUGAAGAUGAAGUAGAUAUAUUGGAAGGAUGUGAAGAAAAAACAGAAUCAGAUAGUUUAUAUAGAGGCACUAACUCUAAUAUUAGCAGUCCACACAAAAAUCCUAAGACUUCUACGUCAACAUUCAAAGUAAAAUCAAUUUUUGAUGUUGGUGAUGUUGAUGAUGACGAAAAUGAUGCUGCUGAUGAAGGUCAUGAUGAAGAUGAGAGUAGAAUGUCUCCAAAAACAGAUAGCUCCCAAUCAACAUUAGUAAUUUCAAAUGAUGUUUGUGAGUUUGAUCAAUUUAAAAGAAAACCACAAUCAUAUAGUCCUUUAGGUGUGGAUUUAGCUGCAUUUUUGAGGAACCAGGAACAGGGUCAUCCAUCUAGUAUGUCACCAUCUAGCGAUAUAUGUUACUCACCAUGCUUUUCUAUGAGUCCGCCAUCGUAUGAAUUCUCUCCUACCUGGUCACCACAGAUGAGCCCUGAAAGUGAAGAUCGUGCAUCUAGCUCAGGAACUUUUCAUUCUGGUGUUGUAGAGAAAUGGCAGCAUGAAGAUAAUUUUAUUAAAAAUCUUGAAGACAAUAAUACAGAAAAAGGCACUUCAGACAUAUUGAAUAUUGAAAAAGACCCUGAAAGUUCAGAGGAAAUAGCAUUGCCUCCUGGAUCCAAUAAAAAGAGAAAACAUAACUAUCAAAUGUUUGGCAGGAAGUCAAGAAAACAUAAUGUAGAUGAUAUAAAAUCUUCAUUUACCUUUUGGCGUGUCGAGCAAGAGGAAGCAAAGGCAAUGGAAAAUCUGUCACACACAUCAGUGGAAACAACACAUCUGCCUGUUAAUGAAUCCAGCCCAGCUGUCAUUAGAUUGAAAGGAAGAGAGCAUGGCAUACUGCUUCUAUUGUCAAGGUUCUCGCACAAAAAUAAUUUGUGCAAAUAUUUAACAACAUUAGACUGUUUUAAUGUUUUUUUAGACAUUAUUCUAAAGUCUAAAAACAUGAGAAGUGUUGCAAAAUGCCGGAGGAUAGUUGUAAGACUUCUCCAUAAUGCACAUUGUCUUGAAGACAUUAUCUUAUUGGGAAUUCCUACUCUAAUCAAACAGAGAUUAAUAGAUAAUUCUUCACUAAAACAAGAACUGCGAUCUAAUGUUCGCAAGUACUGGCCUGCAGUAGAAAUAAUAGAUCACUUGCUCCACCAUGUUGCGCUUCAAGCUGAGACAGUGUUUGGAGAAACUUUGAUAGAGAACAUGAUAACAUCAACAUUGAAACUGCGGAGGUUUGCCUGUUGCAAAGCUCUUCCAUUUCUUUGCAGAUCGCCUAAAACGCAGAAGAAAUUACUGCAUGAUAUGAGUGCAAUGAGCCUGUACAGGGAGUUUCUUCAUUUGUCUCAAGAUGAACAAACUUUAAAAGAAACUGUAUUUAGUCUUCAGCAAUUGGCACAUAUUGUUGGUAUCAAGGACCCAGUAAAAUUGCACAGAAGGAAACUUGGAUAUCAAACACUGCAAGGAUGCUGCAAAUAUGAAGAAAGCCUUGUAAAUACAGACUUUGAAUUUGUCCUGGAUGACAACACUAGACUUGCUGCCAACCGUAAAGUAGUCAGUCAAAAUUCAGAUUUUUUUGCAGCGAUGUUGAGUGGAGAUUUUAAAGAAUCCCAUCAGACUAUUGUUCCAUUGGCAGAUGCUUCACAAAAGACUUUGGAAUUCAUCUUGCAUAAACUUUAUGGAUGUACUCAAUGUUCUGUAAUAUCUUUAUUUGCUAUUCCUGAAUCAGGUAUUCAAGUUGAAGGCUCUGGUAAUGUCAGUUGCUCACCAAAUAAUAUGCCUUCAUCGGAAAUUAACUUAUCUAAGGAAGAGGUUCCAAUGAGUAGCGAUGCUCAAAACACAAUGACAAUGUGCGAUACAAGCCCACUGUUUAGUGGUGAUCAUUCAGGUACUGGCGACUUGAAUGAGAGGACAGCAAAUGAUCAGAUUGGAGCUGUGGACAUUGAUGACUCAAAUGUGCUAAUGUGCAUUGAAGCUAUGGUGGUUUCUGACCGCUUUCUCUUGCAUAACAUUCAAAGACAUGUAUAUGACAGAGUAGUUUUAAAGGUUCUUAGUGGUAAAACAGCACCCUCUCUGUACACAUAUAGCAAACAAUUUGAAUAUGAAGAACUCAGUAAGGCUUGCCUGGCACAUGUUCUGUGUGGUGAUAAUGUGAAUUCAGAGACAUUCAAAGCUUUUUUGAAGCCAGGUACUUCAUCAGCUCUAGACGAAAUGUUUUCAUUUAUAAUCCAAAAGUCAAGGUAGCUUGUACUGUACUAAGGAGACGAUUUAGUAUGGGACUACACAGGCUUUAGCUACCCCUAAAAUAUUGAUUGUUAAAGAAAGAAUAUUGUACAGUAAGUAGCUAUAGGACUGAAGUAAAGUUUUAAAUUAUUUAAACUACAAGAAACCCUUGAAUGAUGAAUCUGUGGUUGAUAACGAUUAACAUCAUUUCGAUAAGCCAAUUCGCAUGCUCGUAUCAAGCCAAUCUACAUAACCACCCCACAUACAACAUAGGUUUAUGUCGGAUGACUUUGAUUGAUUCUGGAUACAAGUAUGCCCAGCUCCAACCACGAAUUGGCUUAUUUCCCCCUUCUAGCACUCACAGCCUCUUGUCUAUAUAUUGUGUCAAUGAAUUCAGGGAAUGCUGGUAACACUGCUCUACCUAGGUCAUUAAGAAUCCUUAAAUUCGCUCACCUCAGCCCCAUCCUUGUUUGGGAUGAAGUAGCAAAGCAAACUGGUGGUGCCAAGAUUUUCCCAACUGGUUGUCCAAUGUCCUCGACGGGAAUCCGAUAUCCCCGACGGGAGCAUAAGUGUAGGCGAGGCCAAGUCCAGUGCAGAACACCCCAAGGGUGUCCAGUGAGCAAAGCCUCUGUAAACUCUGACAAUUUAGAGAUUUGAAAAGCUUAUUUGAUUGAUUUUUUUAGAAAAAUAAAAGCUUCCCUGAUAA